AAGAAAACAUAUAGAAAUCUACAAGAGAUAAUACAAUAAACUAAAUAAUUAAGAAACACAAUGGCAUCCUUUACCCUUGUCACCUCUCUCCCAAAAUUUGGCCCUGCUGGAGCAUCUAUUGCAAGGGCUCGUCCAUGGAAUACUAGGGUCUUUGCAGCUGCUACCCCAAGACCUAUUCAAGUACCAAAGUCACAUAAUGAAGAUGGCUCAAUAACCACCGAUGGUAUCAAGCAAGGAGCAAGUGAAACAGUCAAUAACAAUUUGAAUGAACCAUUACAGGAUAAGGCUUAUUCCACUGCAGAACAUGUGGUUGACAAAACAAAAGAUGUGGCUAAUAAGGCUUCAGCAGCAACACAAAACAUUGCAGAGAAAGCAAAGCAAACAAUGCAAGAGGCAUGGGAUUCAACUAAGAACACAGCCAAUAGGGCUGCAGACACUGUGUUGGGAAAGACUCAACAAUCUUGUGAUUCAACUAAGAAGACAGCCAAUAAGGCUGCAGAUACUGUGGUUGAAAAAGCUCACCAAUCAGCUAAUUAUGUCAAAGAAAAUGCAGAGGCAGUGAAGAAGAAUAUGAACAAAAAGAAUUGAUUCAAACACCAUGCUAAUUUCAUGUCAACUAUUUUGCCACUUUAUUUUUGUUUUUGUUGUUUUUUUUUUUUAAUAUUUCAUUUUGCAAUUGAUAUGGCCCCAAAUAUGGAGAAGAUAUAUGUCUCUUCCCAGUGCCAUAUAGAUGUGAAACAAAUGUCAUUUUGUUUCAUCUGUUAAUAAAUAUUUGAGUCUUUCUUUUA